AUGAGUUUCGAAACCACAUCAAAUUUAUUAACUUUAAAUAACGAUCCCUUUCCAACAACCACAACUGCAACCACCACCACAAACACGACAACCACAUCUGAUGCAAAGCAUGUCUCCAAAUUGAUCUUGAGAUCUGCCCUGCAAAAGGCAAACGCAGCAGUCCAGUGUGAUUCAACAAACGAUGUGCUGGGUGCCAUCAAUGCCUAUAAAGAAGCAAUUUCUUUGCUGGAACGUGUUUUGUCUACAGUUGAAAAAGAAAACGACCGUCAGCGUUUGCAAUCUAUCCAUGAUUCUUAUUCUGAAAGAAUUCGGUUAUUGAGUACAAUUACUUCAAAAUCAGAAACUGACAUGAUCACUAAACAACAAGUAGAGGAGCAAGAGCAAUCACCCAUCGAAGAAGCACCAUUUCAACCAGAGAAACAAGAGACACUAUGGUUGGCCAAGAAAGCAAGCAUCCAAAGCUUCAGCUCCAGACAGUCGAUCAACACCACAAGCACUGCUACAGCCUCAAGGCCGUCGCAUGCAAUGAUGCUGAGAAAAAUGACAUCCUCCUCUUCAAUUGAAGGCUCCAUUCAUGAGAAAUCACCUCCUGCGCGCAAUCAUUGGCAGGAUAAUACUCCUUCUCCUUCAACUCGUCCUGUUAGUCAAAAGGAGAUGCCAAAAUUUCCUGUUUCGCCACCCAUAUUUCAGAUGCAAGCUUCAAAAAGUACUCCUACGCAUCCACACCAUCGUAAUCGUAGUAGCCGUCAACAUAAACAGAACAAUUACAGGCAUGAGGAUGCGGAUGGCGACGACGACGAUGAGGAGGAGGACAAUAUCGAUCUUGACAGUGAUGAGUUUGAUCUGGACAAGGACGAGUACAGCCUGCUUGGCCCUCAUGAGCCUAUGCCAGCAAGACCGUCGCAUCGCCGCAAUAGCAACAAUGACAGUAAUAGAUCAUCCAUCAGCUCAGUGGACUCGGCCCUUUCAUCUCAAGACUCCCUUGUGGAACAGCCUGCAAUGAAUUUACCAUCUUUAAAGAAGAAAGACCAUGGUAACACACCUAUACCAAAAGUGAGAUCUGUAUUCCGUGCUCGCACAAGCAGCCUCCCCAAAGCACCUAUCAUGCAAAGAUCGUCGUCCAUGUCAACAGUCGAAACUAUAUCAUCGCCUACAGAAGUAGAACAGCAUAAACAGCAUCAUCAUCAACCAAGGGAAGCAAUUUCCAUUGAUACCACGCCUCCCUCUCACUCUCAAACAUACCCGGCUCAAAUGAUUGUGAAUCGCCCCAUUAUCAGUCGGCCUUCAGUAGGCGGAUUAGGAUCCAUGCGCAAGAAAGCUGCCAAUCGAUUGUCCAUGGACGGAUUCACUAUUAGUAGAGCAAAAGAAAAGCUGUCCAACUCGCCGUCUGCUGGUAGCAACACCUAUGGUAACUUCUUGAAGGACCACAUUCAGCCAGUUGCUGCUGAUGAUCUGGAAUAUAUCAUGGACAGCUCUACAGCCAUUCAGGAUGAUGUUUUGCCUCAAUCUAAUUCAAGCAACGAGGACCUAUCGCUGCAAAACAGCAAGCAAUCAAGUAGUAGCCAUCUCAAGUUACUGCUUGCUCUUGAAAAGAGUAUGCUGGAAGGCGCUCAUAUUACACAAAGACUGUAUAUACCCAAAAGCUUAUGGCAACAGCCCAAUAUUCGACUCUCUUCCAUGGACAUCAAAGUAUCAGCAUGCGAAUCACUGUUGACAGACAUAGUACGCCUCGAGAACUGGUCCUAUCUGGACGACCUCAUCAGUUCCACUCGUCUUUUGGAUCAUUUUGAAACGUCAGUGGAUCACCUUCAGAUGACACUUUCCAAGAAAUUGAAAAGAGACAGCAUCAUUGAAAGCAGUUCAAAUAGUGGAUCAAGCCAGCUCAGUCAUAAUGGAAGUAUCCAUCAUAGCUCAAGCCGUGAUUCCAUAUCCAUGAGCCGUAUGGACAGCGGAAAGAAGACACAAUCCUUCAUGUCAUGGGGCACGAAAUUGACAAAAUCAGUGGAGCGAAUGAAUGCGUUUAGUUUGACAAAGACUGAGGACCAGUAUAAAAACUACAUUGAAGUAUUGCAAAAGCUGUUUGCCAAGAUUCAUGUGUUAGAACACUGGUUGAAUCACUAUCACACUGAAAAGCAAAAAUCAAGACAAGUUCAGCAUGAUGUGUUGAUUGCAAAAUUAAUCAAAAUUUGUACUGUUAUAAAUACUGUUAUAGGUGGAUUCGUUGUGAGAGAUAUCACUGUAUUACUUGCUAAAUGGUUGAAACGAGGUGGCUCCUGGGUCAAUGAGUAG